UGUUCCCCAUAAAAAUAAAAGUUCUAAACACCAUCAAAACACCGGUGUUCGUGUUUUUCGGUCGCUUUUUUUCGAUUUUUGAACUGUGUCUGUUGCCGCCUCCUUCUAGGGACGAACGGAAAACAACUGACUCUCUGACAUCAUCACAGGAUAUCUUUAAGAAGCUGCUUCCCUCUUUUUCUUUUUCUUGUGUGUGCGUUAUUCUAGAAAAUUCAAAAAGUUUGUGUGACGUCGUUCCUCGUGACACUCUUCUUAUCAUUUAGAACUGCUUGCUCUAUACAGUUUUCUGAUUACAAGUCAUCUCUUUCUUUGUCUACUUUCCUAAUUCUGACAGGCAUUAUUAGCAUUUUCUAUAGAAAGAACAUCACAUAACGAUGGUUACGUGGAAGUUUAAAGGUAUUUCAACAGAAAAUCGAUAAAUGUUGAAUUUUUCCACGCAUCAAAAUCAAUAAAAUAAAAUUAUAUUGUGUCGGUUAUCUUACGUUUCGUAUUCUCUUCCUCCUAAUUUCUCCAUUAACACCAUCAAUCAAUCCAAUCAAUAAUUUUUCCAAAUAGAAUCCGUGCCCCGUCGUGCUCGGAUUUGAACUCGAUACCUUGCGUGUGAACUACUAACACAAAUCGUCUUGUUCCGUGCACUCCAAGGGAGAGAGUGUGCAUGGAAGCUUGCCCGAACUGUCCCCAAUUCGUCCAAGAUUCCCUCCGCCGAGGAAUCUAACGAGUCUUCCAUACCGCCCUUAAGUGGCGCUGUAGUCGAUCAGAUCUCUAAGAUCUACGCGGAGCCUCAACUUCGCGCCAGUCAAAUCCAACUCGACAAGAACGCCGAGCCACCUUGGGAUCCAGAUCCGAAAGCCUGAGACGUCAACUCUGUUCUUCAAUCGCUUCCCGUUCUGCCGACUGACCGACUCUCUCUCUUCACAUCUAUAACCUUUUCUUCAUUUUCUAUUCAAUCGCCCAGUAGCGUGCGUACGAGCCGGUAAUCAAUAGACCGCCUCGUUUCGCCCGUUUUCCUGGUCUUCCGUCAAUUAUCAAAAUUUCGACGGUGACCUCAUCUCAUUCCUCGUCUCCAGCCCGUCUCUGUCCUCCGGACGACGUCUCGUGGAUCUCGCGUGAAGAGCUCGCAUCGCGUGUUUCCAACAACCGUCACAUCCCGCCAUAACUUGGCACAUUCAAUUUCCCCAUUAAACAACAAAUCGAUAUAAAAUAACUGAUGGUGAGACACCGCCUUCCUUCGUCUACCUACUACACUCCGGCUGGCGAGCCGGAAUGGUCUCGUGAGAUGUUCGGUGAGCAAUCGAUUGCCGUUCUCUCUGGAGCCUACCGUAAUCCAAUCGAAAUGGCUCGCCACGUCGCCGCUCGUUGUGGUUCCUAUCAACCAUUUUUUGUGAUGGAUGUCGCUGCCAUCGAACGACGUCUUGAAGCACUUCGUGUGAUGCUUCCAAGAGUUCGUCCCAACUAUGCAGUCGCUUGUAAUGCUGAUCCAGUGUUGGCUAGAGUUCUCUCGAACAACAUCGAUGUCAACUUUGAAGUGUCGAAUACUGCAGAACUCGAGUUAGUCAGCAUGAAUGUCGAACCAUCGAGAGCAGUUUUCUGCUCACAACUGAUGACUCGUAAAGCUAUCAAAAAUGCUGUUUUGGCUGGAUGCUCCACUUUUGUUGUAGAAAGCGAGAAACAAGUUACCGAUGUGAUGAAUGCAUCACCAGAAGCUGAAAUCAUCCUAGCUGUCUGUCUUCCAUACUCGACUGGAGAAGUUCCAUUCGGAUGCUCAGUUGAUGAGAUUGAGGAGAUUCUAGAUAUGGCUCAUCUUCUUGGUGCAAAUGUUACCGGAAUCUAUCUCGAACUUGGACUUCGUGCCACCCUGGAGGACUACAUCACAUCAGUUCACGAUGCUCGCUCGAUCUUCGAAACUGCUGAUCAAAAGUUCCUGACACUCCGUCGUGUCUGCUUUGGGAAUCUCUCUGUUCCAACUGGAGCCGAUGGAGCUGUGAAUAAUGAAUUCAUGUCAUUUUGCAACUCUCUCAACAAUGUCAUUGAUGACCUAUUUGAAUCUAAUAUUGAUUUCUCUGCAAGCAUCGGACGUUUCCUUGUGACAAAUGCAUUCACAUUGUGCACAAAUGUUAUUGGAAAACGUGCAAUGGACGCCAAAUUUAUUACAAACGAUGAUUUCGAUGAUGGAGUUGGAUUUGUAUAUCAAACCAAUGAUGGUGUAUAUGGAUCAUUUGGAUGCAAGCAAAUGGAUAUUAAACCAUUGUGUAAACCAUUGGAUGUUGAGAAUGACUCUGAAGAGCAACUACAUUUCGGAACGAUUCUCGGCCCAACUUUGGAUGGAACCGAUGUUGCUCAAAGACUCAUGAAAAGCCGUCAAUUGCGUGUCGGCGAGUGGCUCGUUUGGGAACAAAUGGGCGCUUUCACAAUUCCUGUUGACAGUGAGCAUUCGGUGCCGCCUGUGUAUUACUAUUCUGGAAAAGAAUGCUGGCAAAAACUAAUCCACAAAGAUGAACAACGCCGUUCUCCAUCGCCAAGUGUCAGUGACAACGAAGAUAUUGGAAGUGAUGGUGAAGGUGGCUACGCAUCUUCAUGUGAGGAUUCGGAGGCGGAGAUGGCUUUGGAGCCAUUGAUCGAGGAUUUGAACGAAUUCUUUUGAUUGUUCCUAAGACUCCCCUGCUCAUCCUGGAGACACAAAUAAUAUUCAAAUAUUCCCCAUUUAUAUUUCAAAAACUUUCUAGGUCAUUUUUCUUCUUUUAAUUCCUAUUUUCUAUUUCUCGAAACCUGUCCGUGAUCCAAUCUGUCUUUUUCAAACUAAAAAAUCUUGAUUCCAAUUUUUUUCUCUCGAUUUCUCUUUUUUUGCUCUUUCGGAUUGUGUUAUAUUCCUGAUUUCCUGAAUUUUUUCCUGAAAUUUCAUAUGUUUCCUGACCACGAAAUUUGAAUUUGAAUUCGAAUUCCUUUGAAAAAAGAAAUAAAGGUCGAAGAAGUU